UAGUACACUUCUGAGAGGCGGCACUGUUGCAUCCAAAAUACUUCUUCCGUUCCAAUAAUACAAGCUAACAGCAUUCGUACCUCCCUGGUCGCUCGACCUUGACCUUGGUUGCUGACUGGCCCGGGGUCAAGCUUUGGGCAUCCGUAUACAACAUCUUGAUCGAUGCCACCAGCAAGUACAACGGCGUUUUCUGUCCGGACUGAUUCCGAUCGUGUAAUACACGUCUAUUCCAACCGCACACCCUCGGGAGGGAGCGGCUCAGCCUCGAGCGGCGGCAGUCGCAGUUUCUCCACCGACAGUUGGAGCGAGAUUGACGACGACGACAUUGAGCCGUCCGACUCGGCCUCGCGUUCACGACACCCUUCUCGACGACAUACAGUGGAGGCACGACCGGCGCCAACACGGCGACAAUCCUCCCGCAGGGCGGUGGAGCGGGAGGAGAUUGAAGAGCCACGACGCAGACACUCGUCCCAUCGACACCGUCCGAGACACGAGAGUCGACACAGCAGCAGCCGCCACGCACGCAGCUCCUCGCGCCGCGUUCCGUCAGACGAGUCUUCUAGCAGCGUGGCGUCGCCGGACGACUACCCACCGUAUGGCCACCCCGGAAUGCCACACGCACCACAUCCUCACUCCGGCUACCGACAUGUACCUGCUGGUAGCCGUGGUGGAUAUCCACCAAGCGUAGCGACUGCCCCGAGUGGCUAUCCCGAUCCAUACGCCCGAGACCAGCAAUUGGUAUCGAUGCGACACGAUCCGUUCGCCUACCCGCCCCAUUCGAAUCCAUUCUCGCCGCAUAGCCAACAACAGAAUCCUUUCUCGCCAAUCCGUGAUGACCAAUCGAACUAUUUCCCGCCCGAGCCAAUGGGACCUCCACCGCCUCGAAGACAUCCAUCAGAAGGCCGCCGGCCGCAAAGCUUCGCCGCACCAUCGCACUUCGAGACGGAGACUACCAUGGUGGCACCCUACGCUCACCCGUAUCCUCCUGGUCCGUGGGGUAUGCCAGGAUAUCCUCCAUACCCACCAGUGCCUGGCUGGCCUCACUCGGCCGGCAGCUCACCUCCUCCCAAGGAAGAGAAGAAUGCAGAAAUAGAGGCCUUAAGGAAAUUGGUCGAGAAGCGCAACGAGGACGAGACGAAAGAGAAAAAUGACAAGAACUCCGAGAUCGAGGCGCUGAAGGAACUGAUCAAGAAGCAUGAAGAAGAACGGGUGGCUCGAGAGAAAGCAUGGAUUGCGGAACGAGAAGCCGAGGCCGCUGCAAAGGCAGCAGAGAAGGCCAAGGCUGAGGAAGAGAAGAAACGAAAGGCAGAAAUCGACGAGGCGAAAAAGAAGGCCAAGGAAGAGGCCGAGAAGAAGGCUGAAGAGGCGGCCAAGAAGGCCAAAGAAGAGCAUGAGAAGAAGCUCGCGGAAUCAGAGAAGGCCAAGGAGGAGGCAGCGAAGAAGGCGAAAGAGCUGGAGGACGAAAUUGCCAAGAACAAGCCGACGCCAGACUCACUCAAGGCGCCGAUCCGAUUCAAGGACGCUGUGGGCAGGAAGUUCAGCUUCCCAUGGCACAUAUGCAAGACGUGGAAAGGCAUGGAGACUUUGAUCAAGCAGGCCUUCCUGCACGUCGACAUGAUUGGCGAACACGUCCACCAAGGCCAUUACGAUCUUACUGGACCUGAUGGCGAGAUUAUUCUGCCACAGGUAUGGGACACAAUGGUCCAGCCGGACUGGGAAAUCACCAUGCACCUCUGGCCGAUGGAAGAGGAGAAGAAGCCUCCGAAGGAGGACUUCUCGGAUCCAUUCGCAAACCUUGGCAUGGGCGGUGGCUUCGCGACUGACUUCGGCAUUCUGCCCGACCACGUUCCAUCAAAAAAGAAGGGCGGCAAAGGCAAGGAUGGGAAGGCCAAGAAAGCGAAGGGAGGCAGUCCUGAGGUCAUCGACGUCUUCCCUGGUGAGAUACCUGGCGGUAAAGGAGGUAUUCCACCGCCUCCUCCUGGCUUUGGCGACCCGUUCGCUGGCAUGGGCUUCGCAGGCCUACCGGCAGAAAGUAAGAAGCCACGCCCGAAGAGCAAGAGUGUCAGGAAGGAGAUCUCGCCGCUCGCCGCUUGGUUUGCUGGCGGGGCCAUCAGCAACUCGAAGGCGAAACGGAGCAAAUAGACGGCGGUUCGUGGUUUACAUAACGGCGGCACGACACUCGACUCCACAUACACCUAUAUGAUCUUCUACCUGCUCGGCGUUCUGGAAUCUUUCCUGCGAUUUAGCGACAUGUUUUUGCUUGCUUGCUCUCGUACUUCGCUUCCAAUACAUCAACAGGACUAUAUUUAUUCUUCACUGAAUCUGAUUUGCUGGAUUUAUAUCACACGCGAGACAUGGAAGAUUUUACGGCAGUUUUUGGAACGUGACAUGGAGCGGCUUACGGGAGAUGAGAUGCGGAGCUGCGUACGACAGGAAAGGAAUACACAACAAGACGGGAGGAGGAAGAGAAGACGAGAAGGAGAGAAGGAUUUGGCUUUUGGCGCUGGCUGGCUGGAUCUUUUUUUUUGUAAAAUUUGAUACCCUUUUCUUUUCUUCUUUCGUGGCGGCGAUCGAUGGUUGGUUGUAGGAACAUGGGGAAUGAAAGAAGGAAAAGUUGCAUCGGCUCCGUGCUUUUCGGCUGGAUCGAGGAUGGGGGGUUUGCGACUUUGGAGGUAGAGGACAGAGAGAGAGAGCUAUCGUCGAUUUGCUUAAUGGAUUUACCCGUCACCUAG